CGGGGAGUGGACUCGCAGCCACACCAACACACAUCACUGCAAUGACAAUGUGAUUAGAAGAUGCUGGCGUUUUGCAACAAAGACAAUGAAAUCCUUUAACGCGAUUAGCAUAAGAGAUUGUAUUGAAAAGAGUAAGAGUGAGAAUCUAAAAGAACGCUUUUACAAAUAAAUAUAAUUUGUUUAAAGGCUACGGUUAGCUAGCUCAGCGCCUGCUACUGCUUUUCUAGAAUUAGCUUUGAAUUUACUACGUUAGAAUUACAGCUAAUGUAGAUCUAUUUGUAGCUCAACAAUGGAGUUCUCUUUUGAUAUUAACAACAUCUUCCCAGAGCGGAUCACUGUGUUGGAUCAGAGCCUUGUUCCUGGUGAUAAAUCCAAAGGAAGGCCAGAUCUGCAAAGCAAAAUAGCUUCAGUUAUUGAUGAGCUUGGAAAAGCCUCCUCUAAGGCUCAACAGUUGCCAGCUCCAAUAACAAGUGCUGUGAAGCUGCAGUCCAACCAGCACAGCCUUUACCUUAUCAAGGAUGAAACCAGCAAUGGAGGCCAAGGAGCAGGAGUAGGGUUUCUCAAGGUCGGCUACAAGAAGUUGUUUCUCCUUGACCAGCGGGGAGCCCACUUAGAGGCGGAGCCACUGUGUGUCCUGGACUUCUACGUCUCAGAGAGCCUGCAGCGCCACGGCUAUGGGCUGGAGCUCUUUGACUUCAUGCUGCAGCACACGCAGAUGGAGCCGGCGCUCAUGGCCUACGACAGACCCUCAGCCAAGUUCCUCGCCUUCCUCGCAAAGCAUUACUGCCUGACUCAGAGUGUUCCUCAGGUGAACAACUUUGUGGUUUAUGAGGGAUUCUUCCUCAACAAAUCAGUGGGCCCGUCGAGAAAGGGUCUCCCAAAAAAGGUGGAAGGAGAGAUCAAGCCCUACUCUCUAAUGGAGAGAGAAGCGCUGCGCGGGGACCAGAGGGUGGGGCAGUGGCCCUUCCCGCCCCAGGUGGGAUCCUCCCCCUACUCGCGCUCCCACAGCGUGGGCUCGUCCCCCAGCCGGGCCCCGCCCGCCCAAGCCCCGCCCCAGGGGCCAGCUCCGGCCUCUGGUGGACCCCCGACGCCCCACUCCCUGCUCAGCGACCACCUCAAGGCAAGACGCACCAGCAAACACAAGCACACGGUUGCCAGGGGCAACCAUCCCUGUUGCCACAUCGACAGCAGCAGCGGUCUGAUGCUGAACCGGGACCAGGCGCCCUUCCAUCGGCCAGGUUGGAGGUUAGCAGACGUCUUGAGAGACAGAGGGACUGACAUACAGCCAGUGGGAAACACAAACACACACAGGCCCCGCCCACCUUCACUCCCCCCUCUGCUGGCGCCCAGGAAGCCCCCCGGCCCGGCGCCCCCCGCAGGCCGGCAUGAGCGGGCGCACCGCAUGACAGGGGCCCGGGGGGCUAAGACAGAGCUGCUGCCCAGGCGCCAGGCCCCGCCGGGCCCCUGGGAAGCCGGGGCCACACGGGGGGGCCAGAGAGCCCUGCUGGGAGGCCCCUGGUCCUGGACCCUGGGGGAGGGCCCCCACACGGCCCAGUGGGUCCGACAGAAGCAGGAGUACCGGAGCACCAGACCCUGGUGAACCCGGGGUAGAACUGAGGACCUCGGCCUCUGCUGCCCUGGGCUCACGGCCCUCCAGCGGAGCCGUCUUCCAGGGGCCUCGGUGUCGGACCAACCCAGGGGGACAGCACUGAGGAUGGGCCUCAGUGUCGGACCAACCCAGGGGGACAGCACUGAGGAUGGGCCUCAGUGUCGGACCAACCCAGGGGGACAGCACUGAGGAUGGGCCUCAGUGUACGACCAACCCAGGGGGACAGCACUGAGGAUGGGCCUCAGUGUACGAUCAACCCAGGGGGACAGCACUGAGGAUGGGCCUCAGUGUCGGACCAACCCAGGGGGACAGCACUGAGGAUGGGCCUCAGUGUACGAUCAACCCAGGGGGACAGCACUGAGGAUGGUCUCUCCCUUCAUGAACCAGGACAGGGCUAGGACCCAUCUUCACUGGUGAAGUGGGCUCCCCAUGCGAUGGUGCAUGACAGGAGCAGAUAUAUGGAUUCAUAUUUUUCAGAUGGAACUUGCGCUGAUUGUGAGCUCGCUCUUCUGCCUUGGUGAGAAGGAAAAAGCCUCUGCACAUUACUCACCACUUUAUUUGUAUUGAUUUAUAUUGUGUCAAAUGGUUUUCAGAAGUUAUAUAUAAUUAUUUGAAGCGUUAAUAAGAAUAAAAAAACAAUACGAUCCCAAAAGGAUUGUGCUCAUUUGUGUUAUCAUGGAAUGUAUUGUUUUGUUGUAAGGUUUGGAAUGAACCGUAUUUACUCCCCAGACAUCGGUGACCAAGAAGGAACUAAAAAUAACCAAAGGCAUUCAAAGAGAAAUGUUAACAGAUACACUGCCAUGGGUUUAGUUUCAGCUGUGUAUUCAUUCAAAAUGCAAAGGUAAUAUUUACUGUAUCAGAUUUACCCUUAAGAAGUUCCCCUUAACCGGCUUGUGCCUUUGUGCCUCAUCAUAAAUACAAGUAUUUACCCAUUCUCCAUCUGAUGAAUACAAACUGAAAUGAAAUGAACCCUGUGAUUGCAUCACAUACUGUAUUUUAGUCUGCCUGUUGGGAGGAUAAGGAGACGGGAGACGUCUUCCUACGGAUGGGUUGCAACAA